AUGGAGGAAGCAAAUGAAACCACGGUGGCUGAGUUUAUUCUGUUGGGGUUUUCUGGAGUUGGUGACCAACUUCAGAUGUUCCUCUUCUUUGUUCUUUCACUGACCUACUUGGUCACACUAACGGGUAAUUCAUUAAUCAUGUUCAUAGUGUGGGUGGAUCACCGACUCCACACCCCCAUGUACUUUUUCAUCAGCAAUCUGUCCUUCUUGGAGAUCUGGUUCACUUCAGUCACAAACCCAAAGAUGCUUUUAAACUUUCUCUCAGGCAACAAAACCAUCUCAUUCCUUGCCUGCAUGGCCCAGUCCUACUUCUAUUUCGCCCUCGGGUCUACAGAGUUCGCCCUUCUCGUGGUCAUGUCCUUUGACCGCUAUAUUGCCAUCUGCCACCCAUUGCGAUAUGCUGCCAUCAUGAAACAGAGACUCUGCAUUCAACUAGUUUUUGUUUCUUGGGUGGGAGGUUUCCUGAUUAUAAGUUUACGGAUAGUCCUGGUGUGCAAGCUGAGAUUUUGUGGGCCGAAUGUGAUCAACCAUUUCUUUUGUGACAGCACCCCCCUUUUCCAACUCUCCUGCACCGAUACCCAACUAAUUAAGAGGGUGGAUUCCAUUUUGCUGUCAGCCAUAGUGUUGACUUCAUUAUGUUUAACCACGAUCUCGUACACUUGCAUCUUCUACUCUAUACUGAGAAUCCCAUCUGCCACUGGGAGGCAGAAAGCCUUUGCCACCUGCGCUUCCCAUCUUACUGUUGUAACGCUGAUCUACGGGAGCUGUAUUUUUAUGUACGCCAGACCCAUCCAUGGCUACUCCUUGGAUCACAAUAAAGUCGUGUCAGUGCUGAAUACUGUUGUGACCCCGCUCCUCAAUCCCUUCAUCUACAGCCUAAGAAACAAGAGUGUUAAGCUUGCAUUGAGAGAUGCCUUCAGUCGCAGCAAGGCGAAGUUGUUCCCAAAGUUACAAUGUGCUUCUUGGUGGUGGUAA